CGCUUUAUAAACCAAGCUUGGGUCACCACAUAGUCAUAUCUCUUGCAGGCAGGGAGACAGAAGCCUAAUUGCUGCACAACACAAAUAAUCUGUCUUUGUAGCUCUGCUAUUAUUUCCUCGAGGUGCUAUGUGGAAAGUUCUGCUUCUGGCCGUGUCUCUGCUGGCAAAUGAAGUUCACGCCAUGGACAACCCAGUGUAUGGCGUCAAGCUCUGUGGUCGUGAGUUCAUCCGAGCGGUCAUCUUCACUUGCGGUGGCUCACGGUGGAGACGAUCGCUCAGGACUUCAGCAGAAGACCUUUUCAGCUCCCAUCAAGAUUCCUCAGAGGAACUGAGUCACAAUCCCGUGAUGGAGAACAUACUCCACAGAAACAGAGAUCUGGAUUUCAUGUCAGGUGAAAACCAAGAGAGAAUCUUCAGCCGGCCAACUCGUUCUUUUAUCACAGAAGAGAUUCUCGAAGCCCUGCGGAAGGCGGAUCGCAAAGGCCGGGAAGUGGUUUUGGGUCUUUCCAAUGCGUGCUGCAAGUGGGGCUGCAGCAAGAGUGAGAUCAGCUCCCUUUGCUGAGAACUGAACACAGCAAUUGCAUAAACAGACAUGCGUCCCGGUAUAUGAGUGUGAAAUUAUCAUUAAUAUUAAACACUUUUUUUCUUAUGAAACUUUAGCAAAUUUCCCUCAUUG